GAAAUGGGGGGUGCCGGGGACAUGGACCUAAAAAAAUUGUGGAACUGCGCAUCCUUGCGUGAUUUAGAAAUUAAGCAGUUGCUUCGAUCGUGAGUAUCUGUAAUGCCACAUUUAAAAUUUGACAAAUGAAAUCUUAUUAAAAUACCUAGAAUUAAUAAUAUUUUACAUAUCCCCAGAUUUACUAGUCUAGUCGUACAAAUAAUAUAAUGAUUAAAAUAGUUUAGUAAUAACCUAAAAAUAAACACAAAUAAUAUUAUUAAUAUUAAAUUCAACAUUGAUUUUAUAAUUUUUUGGUUUUCGAACUUUCAAACAUAAAUCCGGCGAGUCUGACGAAAAACAAAACAGCUUAUUUCAUUUUCCGCAUAGGACGCAUCGUAUUGAGACGAAACACAGAUGAUCAGAAUAUAAAUCGUCGGACUUGCUGAGUUUACGUAAUGUGUCAAUGAAAAUAUAAAUAUUAUGACACGGCUUAACCUUUCAUCAUACCUGGUUGGUUGUACACACGUUUAUAUUAUAAACCAUUUUUGUAUAUCUAUAUAAACUCCAUUGAACAAUUAUAACACUAAUUACAAUGUCGUUACUAAUUACCAUAAAGCAAUCACUAUAAUUAACCGUUGUAUAAUCACAACUCCUAAUAUUUUGGAAAACAAUAUGUUAAACCACAUUUUUACACAUAAUGUUACGAACAAUUAAAAUACUUCAUUACUCUUGGGUUAGGUUAGGUUAGGUUUUUAUCUACUGCACAUUUUAAUUUGGUAAUUAUGCACAUUAGCGUCAACCUUGCAGGUAUACAACAGAUGGACUUAAAUCCAAUCUGUUUCAGCCGUUUCCCAACAAUUAAGCACCAAAUUACUUAUAAUAUGCGAGUAUUGUGUUUAUAUAUUAAAUAUAAUAAAUUGGUUUUCGUCGAUUGCAGGAUCACGAACACAAAGAUACGAAACUUUAUGCAUCGCAAUAACAUGAAAAACGUAGUAGAAUUAAAAGACUACUACUUCGCAAAUAUGUUCAACAUAACGCGAAGUUUGAAAACCGUGCCCAUCGUGUGGGAAGAAAUAUUUAACGAGAAUAUCCACCUCGAUCCCAACGCCGUGGUGCAUGUGUGGAAGGAUUCUCGUGAUUAUUCGAUCUUGUCGAGGGUAAUGAAAAGCGGACAUCCGGUGCUGUUUUCCAGUUGCUGGUACGUGAACUACAUUAAGUACGGAACGGACUGGUUGAACUUCUACAGAUGUGACCCUACCGCUGAGGUCGGCGAUGACAGUUUGUUUUUGGGUGGCGAGGCCUGCAUGUGGGGCGAGUUCGUGGACGAAACGAAUUUAUUGCCAUACACGUGGCCAAGGACCAGCGCUGUGGCCGAAGUUCUCUGGUCACACACGCUCAACGAGAACGAAGCCAAGCAUAGGAUCGAGGAACACGUUUGCAGAAUGAGGCGGAGAGGAAUACCCGCUCAACCAGCAAACGGACCUAGCUAUUGUCAUUACUAGAACCAUUAUAUAGGCCCGUGUAUAACUGUCGUAUCUUAUUGGAUAAAGACUAUAAUAUAAUAUAUUGUAGAGAUGAAUAGGAUAUACCGUUAGAAAACAUGUAUUAGUCAAAAUAAUUUUUCGUAUAAACCAGAGGUAUUCAAACUUUUUCAUCCCACAGCUCCUUUGCGUCUCAAAAAAUGUUGACGGCUCCCAAAUUAUUAAUGACAAAAAAAUCAAUGUUUAUAUGAAUGUAAUUUAUAUUUUAUAAUUUUUACUAAUUAUUUAAUUACCAUAUUCAA